AUGGCGGCCGUUACAGCACCCACUCCUAAGCUGGAUCGAUACAUUGUCAUCCACGUUGCAACCACUUGCGAUGAGCAUGGCGUUUAUGUCACCAAAGAUUCGGCCGAAGUGAUCGAAUUGGGAUGGAUUCUCUUGGAUACUAAGACGUGCGAAGAGUUGCACCGCGAAAGUGUCCUCGUCAAGCCAGUCAACACUCCCAUCACUCCGUUGUGCACGAGUUUGACCACCUUGACUUGGGAACACGUCCGCUCCGCAGGUACUUUCCGCGAUGCUAUCUCCCGAUUCGAUGCCUUCGCCACGGAACACCUCACCAACAAGCACCUCGAGUUUGCCUUCGUGACUUUGGAUUCGUGGGACCUGCGGGUUCAACUGCCCCGCGAGGCCCGUGAUAAGGCUGUGGUAUUGCCCGCAUACCUGCAGCACUCUCGCACCUUUGAUCUGCGCACUGAGUACCAACGCUGGCAAACCCACCACCCCGAGUCUUUGCCUUUCGGUCCCAGCUCCUUGUCCAACAUCUGCGCUGCCCUCGAGGUCGAGCCCGUCCAGUCUUCCGCCCCCAUCAAGCACAACCUCCCAUUCCACCUGCAAGCUUUGGCUCCCGCCUCGCCUCGCCGUGCUAUGGAGGAGUCCAUCACAUUGGCCCGCGUGCUGCGCGGCCUUAUCCGCAAGUCGCAGCCGCCCCAUGAACAUCCCGAGAUUCUCACUCGGCCGAUGGAUGCCCACGCCGAUGUUCGGGCUUUCUUGGCGGAGCGAAGCAAGGUUCUUCACCUGAGUGGUCUUCCCCACGAUACCACUCAGUCUGAAUUGGAAAGCUGGUUCACUCAGUUUGGCGGUCGGCCGAUCGCCUUCUGGACCUUGCGAACUCCGGACCAGCACAAGCCUACUGGUACUGGAUUCGCUGUUUUCUCGUCUCACGAGGAGGCUGCUGAGAGUCUGUGCAUGAACGGGCGGGCGCUGAACGAGAAGGCUAUUGAGGUUUCCCCAUCGUCAAGCCGAGUCCUAGACCGGGCCGCAGAGAUCCUCACACCUUUCCCCCCAUCCAAGAACCGGCCCCGUCCUGGUGACUGGACUUGCCCGUCUUGUGGCUUUUCCAACUUCCAGCGCCGCACGGCAUGCUUCCGUUGCUCUUUCCCCGCAAUGGCUGCCGCACCAGACCCAAUGGGAUAUGGAUACGGCCACGGUAACUACGGAGGCCCAUCCAUGAUGCCUCCCCACAUGGGUGGCCAUGGUCAUGGUAUGGGCCACUCACGUGGCAUGGGUGGAAAUGGUGGUGUUGUGCCCUUCCGUGCUGGUGAUUGGAAGUGUGGCUCAGAGGGAUGCGGUUACCACAACUUCGCGAAGAACAUAAACUGUCUUCGUUGUGGCGCCCCUCGUUCGGGUGCCGCCGUGGUGGCUGACUCCGCAUUCCCCUCACCAAUGGACCCCCCUUCACAAUUUGGCAUGGGGCCAAACUCCAUGGCCAGCACACCGGCCCCGGCUCCUUUUGCCUCGACCGCUGGCGGGUUCGGUGGGUUUAGCCAGCAGUUCGGUGCCCCACCGAACAACUAUGCCCUCCCCCAGAGUGGUCUUGGCAAUGCCCCCGCUGCCUACCCCCCAAUGGGCCAGGUGAACUCGGGAUACUCCUCUAGCACCUCCCACUCUGCCGCCUCGUUUGCCAACCCGGCAACUCAGGCGGCAUUCACUGGUGCUGACCACGGCGUGCCUUCGACUAGCGCCUCCAACGGUGCCUUUUAUGGCAACGAAGGUUCCAGCGAUCCCUUUGCCUUCCUGUCUAGCGGGCUUGGUGGUUUGACUGUUUCGGAUGACCCUCACUCUCGCCGAAACGGAGCUGGUGCCAACAAGUCCCCUGCUUAA